GGAGGCCGGUCCCGUUGCGGGACACGCCGGCUGCAGCAAGCAGAGGGGCCGACCAGGCGUGCGAGCGGGCUGCCACGGCAGUUCGACGCCAGGGCGAGGCGCGUCUAGGCGGACCUCGGGGAUCCUGCCGCAGCACACCUGCCCCACUGUCCGCGCAGCCCAAGGCCCUCGCAGGGUCCGCAGCCGCUGCCCGGCGGGAUCGCCGGACGCCCAGCCUGCCUCAGCUGUCCAUCUCCGCCUGAGCCAGCCAAUCGCCCGCGACUGCCCCGGCCGCACCUCCCGGAAUCUAUGACGGGCGUGAGGGGCAGCCUAUGAGGUUGGGGCCCCGGCGGCCGGGGCUGGGAGCGGGAGCCAAUGAGCAUGAUUUCAGAGGCGGUUGCUCUUGGAUCCUUCUGUUUACAAUGGCGCAGAGAACUGGACUGGAAGACCCAGAGAGGUAUCUCUUUGUGGACAGGGCUGUCAUCUACAACCCUGCCACUCAGGCUGAUUGGACGGCUAAAAAGCUAGUGUGGAUUCCAUCAGAACGCCAUGGUUUUGAGGCAGCCAGUAUCAAAGAAGAGCGGGGAGAUGAAGUUAUGGUGGAGUUGGCAGAGAAUGGAAAGAAAGCAAUGGUCAACAAAGAUGAUAUUCAGAAGAUGAACCCACCUAAGUUUUCCAAGGUGGAGGAUAUGGCCGAAUUGACAUGCUUGAAUGAAGCUUCUGUUUUACAUAAUCUGAAGGAUCGUUACUAUUCAGGACUUAUCUAUACUUAUUCUGGACUCUUCUGUGUAGUCAUAAAUCCUUACAAGAAUCUUCCAAUUUACUCUGAGAAUAUUAUUGAAAUGUACAGAGGGAAGAAACGUCACGAGAUGCCUCCACACAUCUAUGCCAUAUCUGAAUCUGCUUACAGAUGCAUGCUUCAAGAUCGUGAGGACCAGUCAAUUCUUUGCACGGGUGAAUCGGGUGCUGGGAAGACAGAAAACACUAAGAAGGUUAUUCAGUACCUUGCUCAUGUGGCUUCUUCACAUAAAGGACGAAAGGACCAUAAUAUUCCUGGGGAACUUGAACGGCAGCUUUUGCAAGCAAAUCCAAUUCUGGAAUCAUUUGGAAAUGCGAAGACUGUGAAAAAUGAUAACUCAUCUCGUUUUGGCAAGUUUAUUCGGAUCAACUUUGAUGUAACUGGCUAUAUCGUUGGGGCCAACAUUGAAACAUACCUUCUGGAAAAAUCUCGUGCUGUGCGUCAAGCAAAAGAUGAGCGUACUUUUCAUAUCUUCUACCAGUUGUUAUCUGGAGCAGGAGAACAUCUAAAGUCUGAUUUGCUCCUUGAAGGAUUUAAUAACUACAGAUUUCUCUCCAAUGGCUAUAUUCCUAUUCCGGGACAGCAAGACAAAGAUAACUUUCAGGAGACAAUGGAAGCGAUGCAUAUAAUGGGCUUCUCUCACGAAGAGAUUCUGUCAAUGCUUAAAGUAGUGUCUUCAGUGCUGCAGUUUGGAAAUAUUUCUUUCAAAAAGGAGCGAAAUACCGAUCAAGCUUCCAUGCCAGAAAAUACAGUUGCGCAGAAGCUCUGCCAUCUUCUUGGGAUGAAUGUGAUGGAGUUUACUCGGGCUAUACUCACCCCCCGCAUCAAGGUCGGCCGAGACUACGUGCAGAAAGCCCAGACCAAGGAACAAGCAGACUUUGCAGUAGAAGCAUUGGCAAAAGCUACCUAUGAGCGGCUCUUUCGCUGGCUCGUUCACCGUAUCAAUAAAGCUUUGGAUAGGACCAAACGUCAAGGAGCUUCUUUCAUUGGAAUCCUGGAUAUUGCUGGAUUUGAAAUUUUUGAGCUGAACUCUUUUGAACAACUUUGCAUCAACUAUACGAAUGAGAAGCUGCAGCAGCUGUUCAACCACACCAUGUUCAUCCUGGAGCAGGAGGAGUACCAGCGCGAGGGCAUCGAGUGGAACUUCAUUGACUUUGGGCUGGACCUGCAGCCUUGCAUCGACCUCAUAGAGAGACCCGCUAACCCCCCUGGUGUGCUGGCCCUUUUGGAUGAAGAGUGCUGGUUCCCUAAAGCCACAGAUAAAACCUUUGUUGAAAAACUGGUUCAAGAGCAAGGUUCCCACUCCAAGUUUCAGAAGCCUCGGCAACUGAAAGACAAAGCUGACUUCUGCAUUAUCCAUUAUGCAGGGAAGGUGGACUACAAAGCAGAUGAGUGGCUGAUGAAGAACAUGGAUCCUCUGAACGACAACGUGGCCACCCUCCUGCACCAGUCGUCGGACAGAUUUGUUGCGGAGCUUUGGAAGGAUGUGGACCGUAUUGUGGGUCUGGAUCAAGUCACUGGUAUGACUGAGACAGCUUUUGGCUCUGCAUAUAAAACCAAAAAGGGCAUGUUUCGUACUGUUGGGCAACUUUACAAAGAAUCUCUCACCAAGUUGAUGGCAACUCUCCGAAACACCAAUCCUAACUUCGUUCGCUGCAUCAUUCCAAAUCACGAGAAGCGGGCUGGAAAACUGGAUCCGCAUCUCGUGCUAGAUCAGCUCCGCUGUAAUGGUGUCCUGGAAGGGAUCAGAAUCUGUCGCCAGGGGUUCCCCAACCGGAUAGUUUUCCAGGAAUUCAGACAGAGAUAUGAGAUCCUAACUCCAAAUGCUAUUCCUAAAGGUUUUAUGGAUGGCAAACAGGCUUGUGAACGAAUGAUCCGUGCUUUAGAACUGGACCCAAACUUGUAUAGAAUUGGACAAAGCAAGAUAUUUUUCAGAGCUGGAGUUUUGGCACACUUAGAGGAAGAAAGAGAUUUAAAAAUUACCGAUAUCAUUAUCUUCUUCCAGGCUGUUUGCAGAGGUUACCUAGCCAGAAAGGCCUUUGCCAAGAAGCAGCAACAACUCAGUGCCUUAAAGGUCUUGCAGCGGAACUGUGCUGCGUAUCUGAAGCUACGGCACUGGCAGUGGUGGCGAGUCUUCACCAAGGUGAAGCCACUCCUACAAGUCACUCGCCAAGAGGAAGAACUUCAGGCCAAAGAUGAAGAGCUGUUGAAGGUGAAGGAGAAGCAGACAAAGGUGGAAGGGGAGCUCGAGGAGAUGGAGAGGAAGCACCAGCAGCUUUUAGAGGAGAAGAAUAUCCUUGCAGAGCAACUACAAGCAGAGACUGAGCUCUUUGCUGAAGCAGAAGAGAUGAGAGCAAGACUUGCUGCUAAAAAGCAGGAAUUAGAAGAGAUUCUCCAUGACUUGGAGUCUAGAGUUGAAGAAGAAGAAGAAAGAAACCAAAUUCUCCAAAAUGAAAAGAAAAAAAUGCAAGCACAUAUUCAGGACCUUGAAGAGCAACUGGAUGAGGAAGAAGGAGCUCGCCAGAAACUGCAGCUGGAAAAGGUGACAGCAGAGGCUAAAAUCAAGAAGAUGGAAGAGGAGAUUCUGCUUCUCGAGGACCAAAAUUCCAAAUUUAUCAAAGAAAAGAAACUCAUGGAAGAUCGCAUUGCUGAGUGUUCCUCUCAGCUGGCUGAAGAGGAAGAAAAGGCAAAAAACUUGGCCAAAAUCAGGAAUAAGCAAGAAGUGAUGAUCUCUGAUUUAGAAGAACGCUUAAAGAAGGAAGAGAAGACUCGUCAGGAACUGGAAAAAGCCAAAAGAAAACUUGAUGGUGAAACAACUGACCUGCAGGACCAGAUCGCUGAGCUCCAGGCACAGAUCGACGAGCUCAAGAUCCAGUUGGCCAAGAAGGAGGAGGAGCUGCAGGGCGCUCUGGCCAGGGGUGAUGACGAGACACUCCAUAAGAAUAAUGCACUUAAAGUUGUGCGAGAGCUACAAGCCCAAAUCGCUGAACUCCAGGAAGACUUUGAAUCUGAGAAGGCUUCCCGGAACAAGGCAGAAAAGCAGAAAAGGGACUUGAGUGAGGAACUGGAAGCUCUGAAAACAGAGCUGGAGGACACUCUGGACACCACCGCAGCUCAGCAGGAACUCCGGACAAAACGUGAACAGGAAGUGGCAGAGCUGAAGAAGGCUCUCGAGGAAGAAACUAAGAACCAUGAAGCUCAAAUCCAGGACAUGAGACAAAGACAUGCAACAGCCCUGGAAGAGCUCUCGGAGCAACUGGAACAGGCCAAGAGGUUCAAAGCAAACCUGGAGAAGAACAAGCAGGGCCUGGAGACAGACAACAAGGAGCUGGCAUGUGAGGUGAAGGUGCUGCAGCAGGUCAAGGCGGAGUCUGAGCACAAGAGGAAGAAACUCGAUGCCCAGGUCCAGGAGCUGCACGCCAAGGUCUCGGAAGGAGACAGACUCAGGGUGGAGCUGGCCGAGAAAGCCAAUAAGUUACAGAAUGAAUUGGAUAAUGUUUCAACUCUUCUGGAAGAAGCAGAGAAGAAGGGUAUUAAAUUUGCUAAGGAUGCAGCUGGUCUUGAGUCUCAACUACAGGACACACAGGAGCUUCUUCAGGAGGAGACACGCCAGAAACUGAACCUGAGCGGUCGGAUUCGGCAGCUAGAAGAGGAGAAGAACAGUCUGCAGGAGCAGCAGGAAGAGGAGGAGGAGGCCAGGAAGAACUUGGAAAAACAAGUGUUGGCCCUGCAGUCCCAGUUGACCGAUACCAAGAAGAAAGUAGAUGAUGACUUGGGAACAAUUGAAAGUUUGGAGGAAGCCAAAAAGAAGCUUCUUAAAGACGUGGAGGCCUUGAGCCAGCGCCUGGAGGAAAAGGCUUUGGCCUAUGACAAGCUGGAGAAGACCAAGAACCGCCUCCAGCAGGAGCUGGACGACCUGAUGGUCGACCUGGACCAUCAGCGCCAGAUCGUCUCCAACUUGGAGAAGAAGCAGAAGAAGUUCGAUCAGCUGUUAGCAGAAGAAAAGAACAUCUCUGCUCGCUAUGCGGAAGAACGAGACCGUGCUGAAGCAGAGGCCAGAGAGAAGGAAACCAAGGCCCUGUCCCUGGCCCGGGCCCUGGAGGAGGCCCUGGAGGCCAAAGAAGAGUUUGAGAGGCAGAACAAGCAGCUGCGGGCAGACAUGGAGGACUUGAUGAGCUCCAAGGAUGACGUGGGGAAGAAUGUUCAUGAACUUGAAAAAUCCAAACGAGCCCUAGAGCAGCAAGUGGAGGAAAUGAGGACCCAGCUGGAGGAGCUGGAAGAUGAACUCCAGGCUACAGAAGAUGCCAAGCUUCGCCUGGAGGUCAACAUGCAGGCCAUGAAGGCCCAGUUUGAGAGGGACCUGCAAACCAGAGAUGAGCAGAAUGAGGAAAAGAAGCGGCUGCUGAUUAAACAGGUGCGGGAACUCGAGGCGGAGCUGGAGGACGAGCGGAAACAGCGGGCACUUGCUGUUGCUUCAAAGAAGAAAAUGGAAAUAGACCUGAAGGACCUGGAAGCUCAAAUUGAGGCUGCAAACAAAGCUAGGGAUGAGGUGAUCAAGCAGCUUCGCAAACUUCAGGCUCAGAUGAAGGAUUACCAGCGCGAGUUGGAAGAAGCCCGUGCAUCCCGGGAUGAGAUUUUCGCUCAGUCUAAGGAGAGUGAAAAGAAGCUGAAGAGUCUGGAAGCAGAAAUCCUUCAGUUGCAGGAGGAACUGGCCUCAUCUGAGCGAGCCCGCCGACACGCUGAGCAGGAGAGAGAUGAGCUGGCUGAUGAGAUCGCCAACAGCGCUUCUGGCAAGUCUGCUCUGCUGGAUGAGAAGCGGCGUCUGGAGGCACGAAUCGCACAGCUGGAGGAGGAGCUUGAAGAGGAGCAGAGCAACAUGGAGCUGCUCAACGACCGCUUCCGCAAGACCACGCUGCAGGUGGACACACUGAAUGCAGAACUAGCAGCCGAGCGCAGUGCAGCCCAGAAGAGCGACAAUGCGCGCCAGCAGCUGGAGCGGCAGAACAAGGAGCUGAAGGCCAAGCUGCAGGAGCUAGAGGGUGCCGUCAAGUCCAAGUUCAAGGCCACCAUCUCGGCCCUGGAAGCCAAGAUUGGGCAGCUGGAGGAGCAGCUUGAGCAGGAAGCCAAGGAACGAGCAGCUGCCAACAAACUAGUCCGUCGUACCGAGAAGAAGCUGAAGGAAAUCUUCAUGCAGGUUGAAGAUGAACGUCGACAUGCAGAUCAGUAUAAAGAACAGAUGGAGAAGGCCAACGCCAGGAUGAAGCAGCUUAAACGGCAGCUGGAGGAAGCAGAAGAAGAAGCUACACGUGCCAACGCAUCUCGCCGUAAACUCCAGCGGGAACUGGAUGAUGCCACUGAGGCCAACGAGGGCCUGAGCCGUGAGGUCAGCACUCUGAAGAACCGGCUGAGGCGAGGUGGCCCAAUCAGCUUCUCUUCAAGCCGAUCUGGCCGGCGCCAGCUGCACAUUGAGGGGGCCUCCCUGGAGCUGUCAGAUGAUGACACAGAAAGUAAAACCAGUGACGUCAAUGAGACGCAACCGCCCCAGUCAGAGUAAUGUCAUGGGAGGCCAGUGGAGGCGAUACAGUGGGACAUGCAGGAACUCACGCCGUGCCAGCCUGCCUGGAGGCCUCCUACAGAUUUAGGAAAUUGGCAAGCUUCGGGAUUCCUUACUGAAAGAUCAACUGUGUCUUAAGGCUUUCCAGCCUACACAUACUGUAUCCUGCUUCAGAUUUAGGUACAAUUGCUCCCCUUUUUAUAUAUAUACAUACACAAAACACACAUAUUAAACAGAUUGCCUCAUCAUUGCAUCUAUUUUCCAUAUAUUCAUCAAGAGACCAUUUUAUAAUACAUGUUAAGAAGAGAACCCUUUUUCAAACAAACUCCAGACCCUCGUUGCCAGUCGCUGGGUUAUUGGGGCAGCCCUGUGGUUGUUGCUCAGUUGCUCUGCAUGCUCUCUGUCAUACAGACAGGUAACUUAGUUCUGUGUUCAUGUGGCCCCUGACUCCUCAGCCACAUCAAGUCUCCUAGAACAUUGUGGAACCUAAACUGCACUUGUAUCUCUCAUUUCCUUCUAAUAAUGAUCAACACUAUUUCAGUGAGCAAACUGUGAAAGGGACUUUGGAAAGAUUAGGAGGGGUGGGUUGGAUUGGGGGAAGCAGCAUCCAUUUGGGGUUACCACGCCCAUCUCCCUUAAGUUGGUGAUGUCCCCACAUCUCUUCAAUGAACUGUCCUUGGCCAGGGCUGGUCUGCGCCUAGGAUGGAUAGUGGCCAUGAUGCAGCUGAGGCCCCUCCUGCCCCGGGUGGCAGCCGUCAUGUUGACUUCUGGAUGGUCUCCUGAACCCUCUGGCUUUGCCAGUGUACUCCUCCUCGCUUCAGGAGCAAGCAGCUGCAGGCCCCUAAGCAGGAGUUAGUGGAAGGCCCUCCCACGCCAGCCAGGCUUUCAUGCUGACCUUGCAAAUUCAGCCGCUGCUUUGAGCCCAAAAUGGGAAUAUUGGUUUUGUGUCCGAGACUUGUUCCAAGUUUGUCAGUGAGGUUUACCGCACCUCAAGAAUGGAUGCCAUCUGCCUGAAUGUUGACAUGCCAGUGGAUGUGAAUCCUUUUUCAUUUCUCUUUUUCCCUUCCCUUUGAACAGUAUUACAGUGAACAUUUAGCAUUCUGUUUUUGGUUGAUAGUUAAGCAAACUGACAUUACAGAAAGUGCCUUAGACACUACAGUACUAAGACAAUGUUCAAUAUAUUAUUUGCCUCUGUAACAAUUUAAUGUAUUAAGUUUUGACUGUGCUUCAUAUCAUGUACCUCUCUAGUCAAAGUGGUAUUAUAAACAUUCAGUGACAAUGAAUCAGUGUUAAUUAUAAAUCCUUGAUCCUCUGCAACGUGCUUGAAAACACAAACCUUUUGGGUUAAAAGCUUUAACAUCUGUUAGGAAGAAUUUGUCAUGUGGGUUUGGAAUCUUUGAUUUUUUUCCCCCUUAUGAAUUGUACUGGCUGUUGACCACCAGACACCUGACUGCAAAUAUCUUUUCUUGUAUUCCCAUAUUUCUAGACAAUGAUUUUUGUAAGACAAUAAAUUUAUUCAUUAUA